AUGAAUUUGCCCAGUUCCCACAUUCCGCCCCGCCGCAGCGCGAGCAUCCACUCUCUCACCCCGUCGCGCGACCUCCUCGUCAAGUCCAAAUCCCCAGAGAAAUCCGCCGCCGCCGCCGCCGCGACCGCCACCAAAUCAAAACGAGUACGGACGGGCUGUCUAACGUGUAGGGAACGGCAUCUAAAAUGCGACGAAGGGUUACCAGACUGUCUAAAUUGUCGAAAAAGUAGUCGAGAAUGCAAACGCGGCGUGAGGCUUAAUUUUAUAGACGUGCAGGUCAAGCAACCGCCGUACAUGCCACCCACUGUUGAGUGGUCAGUUCAAUUCCAAGACGAGUCGAGACUCAUCGCCUCAGAGUACGUCGGAGGCCUUGGCCGGUACGCUCAUCUUGAUAAGAAGGCCGCCGUCGCACCUCCGCCACGGCAUCUAGGUCAUCUAGAGCCGACCCUCCGGCAUCAAUCUCACCUCCUCCCACACGCAAGAGCAAGCGGCCCAGACGCCUCCGUCUCACCGAGGACUCACCUCCUUCACCACCCACCUCCCCCACCGCCGCCGCCCCCAACAUACAGCCACCACCCGUACUAUCGCGAACCUCCUCACCGAGGACCCAUCGAGACAUCAGCCUACCCGCGCCGCGAGAGCGAGUCCGCCUACCUCACACCCCAGAACUCGGCUCACCCGGCACCUCACCACCCCUACAGCCUCCACGAGCACUUCGCCUCCUACCGCGACGCACCCGGCCCCAACAGCCGCGCCCACGGCCACCACCGCGACAGCGACGCCUCGAGCGCGGCCUCCAUCGUCCCGCAACCCACCGCCCCGCCGCCCAGCUACCGCAGCAGCGCCGCCGCCGCGAACCCCCUCGCCCCAGACGGCAUGAUGACCCCCCCACCGAGCGAAAAGGCAUCCGCCGGCGAGAGGGAGUACCUCAACUCCCCCGAGGAGAUCCUCUACAUGCAAGUCUUUGUCGAAGAGGUCGGCGUCUGGAUGGACUCGCUCGACAAGGAGAAGCACUUUUCCCGUCUGAUCCCCUACCACGCUCUCAAGUCGCCCAUGCUCCUCAACGCCUUCCUCGCCUGCGGCGUCAAGCACCUCACCCUCGUCAACCCGGCCUACGAGGACGACAAGGCGCUAUUCUACUACGACACCGCGACCACCCAGCUCCUCCGCAGCCUGCAGAACCCGGACCGCAACACGGGCGAGUGCGCAACCACGGCCGUCGUCCUCAACGUCUGCGAAAUCAUGUCCGAGAAGCCCGCCCAGCGCAUGAAUCACAUCGCCGGCGCCCGCGCCCUGAUCCGCGAGUGUAAAUGGGACGCCCGGUCCUCCGGCAUCGGCGCCGCGUGCUUCUGGCUCAACAUCGGCAUGGAGGUUCUCUCGUGCUUGGCCUUCAACUGGCAGACGUCGUGGGAUCCGGACCAGUGGGGGCUCGAUAUGAGCUUUACGAGCGAGGCUAGUGCCGCAGCGGCGACAGCAGCAUCGAGAUCCGGGGACGGGUUUGGACAGGAGGAGGUCUGGGUCCAUCGGAUCCUGUACAUUGUGGCCAAGAUUGCAAACUUCCGCGCCACGAUCCCGCGGUUCCAGGAGCCGAGCCCGCACGACGAGCAGAUCCGCCUGGGGAACCGGCUGCAGCAGUGGCAGGAUCUUAAGAAGCUCUGCGACAAGUGGAAUAACACCUGCCCGAGGACGAUGCACCCGUUCGGAUACCUCUACCCCUCGCAGACAAACUCCAAAUCCGCCUUUCCCAACGUCUGGCUCAUCAAACGCGCCGCCAUCAUCGGCCGCCUCUUCUACCACACAGCUCAAUGCCUCCUCGCCCAAACAAACCCAAUGGAACCAGGCCGCGCCUCAGAAGAAAUGCGCGCCCUCCAGCUCCACCACGCCCACCAAGUCUGCGGCAUCGUAGCCCACACAAAAGACCGCGGCGUCGCCUCCGUCGCGAUCCGCUCCCUCGCCAUCGCCUCCGCCGUCCUCACCGACCCGCGCGAGCAGGAAGAGGUCCUCGAGAUACUCGACAAGAUCCACGCCGAGAGCGGCUGGCGCCUGGGAAGCAUCCAUGGCGAGCUUAAGAAGGCGUGGGGCUGGCCUUCGCCUGCGCCGUCGCACGCUUCUCUCGGCCCGGCGGAGCAUAGAGGUUCUGUUGGGAGUUAUGGUGGUGGCGGUGGUGGUGGGAGACCCGGUCCGCCGGGUAACCCGCCGGCCAUGGCGACGUCGAGCGCGCCGUUGGCUUCGAGCGCUGCUGCUUCGGCGCCGAUGAAGGCUCUUGUUAACCCGCUCUCGUAUGCGGACUUUAGUUUGCCGAAUGCUCCCUACAAAGAUUGGUGGAAGCCGCCUAACCGGAACGACUCGUACGGUUACCAGAGUUUCCCAUGA